AUGUUGUCUGAUGCAGUGGAACGUAUUGAUGCCGUUCGUUUCAAUGAAGAAAUGGGAAAUCAAACAACUGUGAAAGAAUUCUUUCUUUUGGGAUAUACUAAUGUCCUAGAGCUGCAGAUUUUACAUUUUGUGAUGUUUCUGUCCAUUUAUUUGGCAGCCUUGGUGGGAAACUUCCUUCUGAUCCUGACUGUAGUCCAGAACGAAUCCCUUCAUAGUCCCAUGUAUUUCUUCCUAGCCAACCUCUCCUUAUCAGAUGCGUGCUAUAUCUCUGCCACUGUCCCCAAAUCCAUGGAAAUUUCCAUGACAAACAGCAAACUGAUUUCUUUCUCUGGAUGCAGCAUCCAAUUGUUUUUAGUUGUCACAUGUGCUGGUGCUGAGUUGACUUUUCUUACUGUCAUGGCUUACGAUCGCUAUGUAGCAAUUUGUCAUCCUCUACAGUACGCAGCGGUCAUGAACUGGAAUGCCUGCAUCCAAAUGGCAGCAGCUUCUUGGAUUAGCAGCCUAAUCAAUGCUGCUAUGCACACUGCAAACACAUUCAGGUUGCAUUUUUGCACCUCUAAGGUUAAACAAUAUUUCUGUGAUAUCCCCCAGUUACUAAUGAUAUCUUGCACUGACGCAACAGCCAGUGUCAUGGUUCUUCUCAUUGAAACAGUGGUUGUUUGCUCAUUUUGCUUUUUUUAUAUCUUAGCUUCUUACGGGCUCAUCUUCUCAGCAGUGUUUAAAAUGCAAUCAGCCCAGGCCAGGGCCAAAGCCUUUUCCACUUGCAUUCCACAUUUGGCUGUGUUCUGCUUGUUUCUGUCUACUGGUGUAUUUUCUUACUUGAGACCAAAAUCUUUAUCUUCACCACUAGUGGACCCUCUGGCUGCUGUAUUGUAUACCAUUUUGCCACCGCUCUUGAAUCCUGUUAUUUAUAGUCUGAGAAACAAAGAAAUCCAAGCAGCUAUGCAGAAAAUGUCAAAGAAUCUUUUUGGAUUUCACUUUAUAAUCUGA